GUAGUACGGGGUUGGGCAUUGGUAGUAGAAGGCUUCUGUGGCAAGUGCGCAGGCCUCCUCUGUUCAAAAAUGGUGCUUAGGACUAUGUUGUCAUGGCUGCGGCGAACACUGGAUGCGGUCACAUCUAGCAUAUUGAGCUUUCUGAACCCUUCUCGCCGGUACUUGCUUACGUCGGGAGACGAUGCCUGCAAGGCCGACCUUCCGUGCUUUGAUUUGGCGAUGGCAGUCCCGCUCGCGGUGCUUGCAUUCGAUGCCUACAGCCCGCCAACGCAAGGCAGUCGUCCUGUAACCCAUAGCGCACCGGGUACCGCGGUUACUUGCCUGGAUGAGAAGUUCCUCAAGGAAGUGUUCCGCGGUGCGGUGGAGGUGCAGGUGCUGCGCGCUUCCAAACUGCGCAACUCCGACGCCAUGAGCCUCUCCGACCCCUUCGCCGUGGUGUCUGUGGGCAUCUGCUCCUGCCGUACAACCACCGUCCACGACUGCCUCGACCCCGUCUGGGACGAGCACAAGGAGCCGGCCAUGAGCAUCCCCGUGGGGAGCCUGCAGGAGGACGUGUUGAAGGUACAGCUGUGGGACGAGGACCGCUGCUUCAACCACGACCUGCUCGGGGAGGCUGCCGUACCGCUGCGGGAGCUGAAGGCCGGCAGGGAGCAGCAGAUGGAGCUGCAGCUUAGCGGUCCCGGCGCCAAGUCCGGCUCCUCGGUGGUGUUGCGCGUGCGGCUGAGCGACUGGUCGGAGCUGAGUAAGGAGCAGCUGGGGCAGCUGACGGCGCAGAACAGCACCGACGUGCAGGCGGAGGCGGCGGCGGGGCUGGAGGUGGCCAAGGUCGCUGCUUGCCUUGCUGCAAAGGAGCUGGGCGAUGAUGCCUGCGACGCUGCUGCUGCCGUGUCCGUGACCGCCCCCGCGGGGGAGGAGGCGCGCAGGUGGCGCGAGCUGAGCGAGCUGAUGGGCGAGGAGGCGGCGGUGAAGGACGUGAAGCCGCUGUGCUACCUGGACAACCCGCGCACCGGCACGCAGGGCUGGAUCCACCGCAACAAGAAGAGCCGCACGCUGGUGGUGGCUUUCCGAGGCACCGAGCCGAGCCAGUUCAAGGAUGUGCUCUCCGACCUGCGGCUGGCGCCCGUGUACCCGGAGAAGCUCAACCCCACUGACCCCAAGGUCCGUGUGCACGCGGGCUUCCUGUCCGCCUACGAGAGUGUGCGCCCCACCCUGCUGGCCCUGGUGGCCGCCGCCACCUCGCCCCCGCCCCCCGCCGGCAGCCCCCAGCCCCCCGCCUCCGGUCCCUGGCGCAUCCUGGUGACUGGACACUCACUGGGAGGUGCACUUGCCACACUGGGGUCGUACGACCUCAAGAAGAGCGACCCCGCCCGUGACAUCACCUGCUACACCUUCGGCGCCCCCCGAGUGGGUAACGACCAUUUCGCGUCCGAGUACGACAGGCUGAUCCCCAACACCUUCCGAGUCACCAACAAGUACGACAUCGUGGUCAGCGUGCCCCGCACGUUCAAAUACACACACGUGGGUCGUGCCGUACAGCCCUCCGAGCCGCACGGCGACCUGCAGCUGGUCCCGCCCGCGCUGCAGCUGAAGCUGGUUGACAAGCUGAAGCGCGGCGUGGCGUUCAGCGUGAGCCAGCACAUGGGAACGACCUACCAGACCACGUUGGGGGCGGCGCUUCGGUUGUUCCAGCUGGAGGGUUGCCGGAAGAGGGAGGCGGAGGAGGUGAGGCGUGAGGUGGAGGAGCAGCAGGCGGAGAAGAGGCAGAAGAAGGAG